AUGGUAUGUCCUCCAGUCACCUUCUAUGUUCUAGCUCAUUCGGAGACAAAGGUUACAGCAGCCAUGAAUACUACAUCGUUCCACGACAUCUGUUCCACGAACAUUAAAAGUCAGAGAUUGCUGACAGCCGUUGCUGUUUUGCUGUCAGUUUUAGCUGCUUAUACUUUGUUAGCCAACUUGACUGUUUUCCUAGCCAUAGCGCAGACAUUGCUGAAAGGUAGCCGACGUGCGAUUACAAGUGAUCUAAGUCAUAAUAAAAGCAGCUAUAUCACUAGGUUAUUAAUGCUCUCUAUGACAGUCGCUGGCGUUAUAGUGGGAGCUUUUAUCAUGCCCCUUUCGAUAGCGGAAGUAAUUAGCAACAACAAUUGGACAUUUGGACCGCUGCUGUUUAAAGUACGAUUCUCUUUGGAUUAUCUGUUAUGUUCCAUCACCGCUACUCACAUCCAGUACAUGGCUAUAGACACAUUUCUGGUUGUAUGCAAACCUUUGAUAUAUCGGCUUCUUGCUGCUAGAACUGGAUAUGUUUUAGUGGCUCUUGCAUGGCUGAUACCCAUAUCUGUUAUUUUACCUUGGGGCAUUGUUGUGAUGGAGGUGACAGUCAACUGUAAUGCAAGUCUGGACAAUGUGUUUAGUUUGAACAUGUUCUGUGGCUCGGCUCUUUUUUCGUGCUUUACCGUGAUGUGGGUUCUGUACCUGUUCGUUGUGAAAGACAUUCUCAUGUUUAGAAAAAGACACCUACAAAAACGUAGCUCUGACAAUCCUGUGUUCAGAACUUUUGAAUCUCCACCUUCAACUAUUCCCGUGACGUCUUUCAAUGUUCUUGAAUGUAACAGUGUCCAAUCCAACGAGAUGUCAAACACACAAGUUUCACUUCAGCGUUUCCGGAGGAACAUGAGAUGUUUUCAAUUCAUUGGAAUUAUAAUGUUAAGUUUUAGUGUCUGUUGGUUUCCGACUAUUUUCAACCUUACUUUUGGCUCUGUUACACUCGGGAGUGGCCGAGGAUGGAUAUACAUUGUGGUCAACUGGUUGGCAUAUUUCAGCAGCAGUGUCAACCCAGUCUUGUAUUGUACCAACAAAACCAUUAAACGUGCAGUCAUUAAUUUCAUAACUUAA